AUGACACAAACUAAAACACAACGGGAAAUGGAGGAUCUUCGUUUGCAAUUCGAUGAACUGAAGACUCAGGUGACGGAGAUGAACCUCAAAAUCGUUGCUGAAUUGGACAACAAAUUGGAGGCCACUUUGGAUUCCAAGCUUGAAUCGAAGCCGGGUGCAUACAUAGAUAAGAUCUUAGCAUCUCUCAAUCACCAAAAUCAACCGUCAAGAAUUUCAAAAAAACCAGCUGGAGAAAACCCUAAUUGCAAUAUUCUGGGAUCUGGACCAAAAGAGGAGGUUACGAAUCCAAUGGGCAAUCUUGGUCGGGAUCGUGUUAUGGAGCAAAUUCCAGUGGAUCAACAAGUUGAUGCUAUUGAAUUGUACUUGGACGAUGAUGCAGAUACGUGGUUUCAAUCAUUGAAAAAGGAUAAACUCAGAGCUGAUGUUAGAAUGCAUGAACCUUCCACUUUGACAGCUGUUGUAAAGAUUGCCAUGCUUCAAGAGCAACAGUUGGAGAUCACACAAAGAAGGCAGAAACCAUCUCCUUACAAGGUUCCAAGGCCUAACUCUUCUUUUAGCAAGAACUCUGAUAAUGGUAAAUCUUUUGGCAAGAAUAAAACCAUUAAUUUGGAUUUUGUUAAGAGUGAAGAAGAUGAAGGGGGUAAUGGUUUUGGCAUUGAUGCUCCUGAGUUGACUAUUGAUGAGAGAAUUGAUCUAAAUGACUUAACCAUUGAAGAGGGUUCUAUGCAUGUGCUUUCAAUGGAUUGUGUCAAGCAGACUAUAUUGUUGUUGGGCAAGAUUGAUGGUAGACUUGUGAAGAUAUUGGUGGAUACUAGUAGUACAGAGAGUUUUGUGGACUUAUUGCUAGUAAGGGAUCUGAAAUUGCCAUAUAAAGAGUCUAAGAUAUUCACUAUCACUGUUAGCAAUGGGAACAAGAUCUCUGGAAAUUUGAUUUGUCCUAAUUUGUACUGGAACAUUAAGGAGUAUAAGUUCAGUUGUGAUUUGAAAAUCACGAGGUUAAGUAAGUAUGGAAGACAGUACAUCUUACAAGGUAAAGGCAGUGUAGACAGUAUGAAUCUUGUUAGAGAUAAAUAG